AUGUUCGCUUCCUACGGUCGUCUUCUCACAGCCAUUUGUGCCCUCGCCGGUUCUGCCGCGGCCGUGACUCCUCUGAAGGUCCAAGGCAAGGACUUUGUCAACACCAAGACUGGUGAUCGUUUCCAGAUCAUUGGCGUCGACUACCAGCCUGGUGGCUCAUCUGGUUUCAGCAAGAAGGCCGAUCCGUUGAGCGACCCUGAUGUUUGCCUGCGUGACGCUGCCCUGAUGCAGCGCCUAGGUAUCAAUACCAUUCGGGUUUACAACCUGGAGCCCUCCCUGGAUCACAACAAGUGCGCCUCGAUCUUCAAUGCUGCCGGCAUCUACAUGAUUCUCGAUGUUAACUCCCCACUGGCCAAUGGUGCGCUGGAUCGCACUGCCCCCUGGACGACCUACACCCCUGCAUACUACCAACAGGUGUUUGGUGUGAUCGAGGCAUUCAAGGAGUUCCCCAAUAUCCUCGGCUUCUUCGCCGGAAACGAGGUGAUCAAUGAGGAUGCCACUCGUCUGGCUCCCGCCUAUGUCCGUGCUGUCGUGCGGGACAUGAAGGAUUACAUCGCGAAAAACGCAGACCGGACUAUCCCCGUCGGCUACUCCGCCGCCGAUGUCCGUGAUAUCCUGAUGGAUACCGCCCACUAUUUCGAGUGCGAGCUCAAGAACUCCACCAGCUCUCGUGCCGACUUCUUCGGUUUGAACUCAUACUCCUGGUGCGGCAAGGCGACCUACACCUCCAGCGGCUAUGAUGUUCUGACCGAUGACUUCUCUAACGCCACCUUGCCCGUUUUCUUCUCCGAGUAUGGCUGCAACGACGUCAAGCCCCGUGUUUUCACCGAGGUUCAGGCCUUGUACGGUGAGGAGAUGACCCAGGCCUUCUCUGGUGGCCUGGUGUAUGAGUGGACCCAGGAGGCCAACGAGUACGGCCUGAUCAAGAGCAACUCUAACGGAACCGUGACCACUCUUAUCGACUACGACAACCUGCUCUCGCAAUUUAGCAAAUUGGACAUGGACCGCAUCUCCUCCAGCAACACCUCUCAAACUAGCGUCGACCCCGAGACCUGCAGUCCCUCUCUCAUCACAUCUUCCGACUUCUAUAAUGCCUGGAAUCUACCUGAAGCCCCGUCCAAGGUCUCUGACUAUAUCAAGAACGGUCUUCCUGCUAGCAUCAAGCCUUCGGGCUCUCUGGUCUCCGUGACCGCUACCACUCUCUCCGAAAAGGUUUACGACUACACUGGCAAGGAGAUCACCAAUGUCCAGUUCAAGGUUCUCUCCAACGACGAGUCCAACUCACCCUCCUCCACUGGCACUGGCACCUCUAGCUCUUCUUCGUCGUCCUCCUCGGGUACCUCCACCAGCACAAACGCAGCGUCUUCGCUGAACGGUGCUCCAUCUAUUGCCCUGGGCGGCCUCAGCGGUGUCUUCAUGUUGCUUGCGUCUUUGUUGUAA